AUGUCCAAGAAUGAAAUAAGUUUUAGCUCAAUUUCUUUGGAAAAAGAGAAUAAUUCAUUGAAAAGGGAAAUUAAAAGGUUGUCUGAUAAAUAUAAUUUGUUAGAGAAUAACUAUAAAUGGCUUAAUGAAAGAUUGGUUAGAGAUCAAAAAAACUAUUUGAUAGAUACGCAUGAUGUCAAAUACUCUAGUAAGAAUGAUAAUAAGCUCUAUAAUAGUCACAAUAAACUAUUAGAGUUACAGAAAGAAUUCCUAAUUUCUCACAAUGAAAAGCUGUCUGAUAGAUUGAAUGAAAAUUCUAUAGAAUUCAACGAUAAGUUCAAUUCAGUAGUUAUUGAUAACUUAAACAAUGAGAAAAAUUUAAUAUUAUUUGAAAAAAAAUUGAACUUAUUAAAUGAAAGGUACUCCAUCAUUAUCAAAGAUCAAAAAGAUGUAAUUGACAAUGAUAUUAAUAAUUCUAAAUAUUUAGAAUUUAAAAGCUUAAAUGAAAAAAUAAUAAAACAGAAUUCCAACAUGAAAAGCAUGGAGUCUAAAAUUGAAAAAUUAAAUGCAAUAAUCCAUAAUUUUAUCGAUAUUAAUGAAUUUGAUAACGAAAAUACAAACAAAUAUUCAUUAGAUUUAAAUGAUAAUAAGGUGUUAAAAAAGUUAUUAGUUCAUGAAAAAAAUUCAAAUUUAAAGUUACAAGAAGAAUUAAAUUCAAUAUUAUUAGAAUUGAACUUUAAAUUGCCAAGUUUGACAUCCUUGAAAGAGAAAAACCAUGAACUACAAUCAGUUUUUGAAAAUAUAAUAUCAUCAAACGAAGAGUUAUUACAACAAUUCCAUUCUAAUACUGAUAAAAUAGCUUCUAUGAACAAUAAAAUUGUGGACUAUGAGCAGAGCUUGAAACAAUUGUUAAGUCAACGUACAAAUUUAAUAAGCUAUAUUCUCAAUUUGCUAAAUGUUAUCAAUUUAAAUUCUAAAUACUUGAAUUUGUCAGAAUCAGAGGGCUGUUUAAUUCAAAAUUUGUUUAAUAAUGAAAGAAUUCAAAGAUUUUUACAAGAAAAGAAUUUAACUUUAACUGAAAUAUUCGACAACCUAAACACAGUCGAUAUCACAUUUAAUAAUUUUAACCGUUCCGAUAUAAAAGUUUUACCGCCAACAGAAUCUGCUUCAAAAGAAGAAAUUAUUAAUUAUAAAAAUGAAAUAAUACUCUUAGAAAACAAUUGUGAUGCAUACAAAAUGAUUCUUUAUAACAAUGGUAUUACAGAAGAUUUAGAUGAAAAACUUAAAAUAGAAUCGAGCUCUAGGAUGACAGAAUUAAACGAAAAGAAUUCAAGAAUUCAAAUGUUAGAAUCUAAAAUUGACGAACUAAAUUCUAUUGUAACAAAAUUGAAUGAGAAAAAUAGUAGAUUUAUGGCAUCUAUCAACAAAAACAAUUCAAGUGAGUCUACAAUUCUAGAAAAAUACAAUCUAUUAAACCAAUCAUAUAAGACCCUUUUAGAAGCUUAUAAGAGCUUGAAAUCGAAUGCUACUGAUAAUAAAAAAGCUGUAUUAACUAGUACUUUGGAUGAUACCAAAAAAAUUGUGGAAUUUAAAUCGACAAUCAAUUAUCUCAAUUCAACUAUUAAAAGUUUAAGUGCAAAGUUAGUUUCAAUCCAAGAAUCAAAUGAUCUCUUGGCCGAUGAAAAUCAAAAAAUUAAAAUGGAAAAUAGCAAUCUAUCAUCUUUACUAAAUAAAAUAAAUACGGAUAAAAAUUCGAUUUCUAAUGAACUUUCUGACUUACAUUCAAAAGAAAUUUUGGAGUUGGAAACAGAAAAGACAAAAUUAUUAGAGCAACUUGAAGAAGGUGAAAGAAAAUUAAAGGAAACCAAUGAAAAACACAACGAACAAAUAAAAUGGUUCCAAAAUAAGAUUGAUAAUUUCAAUGAAGAAACUACCAAAAAUCAAUUCAAUAAUGCUCUGAAAAAUGAUUACGAAAAUUUGAAGAAAAGUUUUGAAGAGAAAUCAAAGGAAGUAGAAGAAGCAAAUGAUAAAUUUUCGAGACUUAAAAGACAAGCUAAUGAAAGGUUAAAUGCCUCAAAAACGACUCAGAAAGAGCUAAGUGAUAAUGUCAAAAGUUUAGAAGAUGAAAGGACAAACUUUAAAGAGCACAUAUCAAAAUUAGAAGUUGAUAUAAAUAACUUAAAUAAUGCCUUAGUUGAAGCCGAGAAGAAAUUAUCUGAAGAAAAUUUAAAGUACGAAACAGAAAGACAAACUGGGAGUACAUUACGGUUGAAAAUAGAUGAUCUGCAAUUGAAUGAAGAUAAUUUGAAAGAAAAAGUUAAGAACCUUGAAGAAAAUGAGUCUACUUUAAAAGAUAAAAUUAAAAUGAUAGAAGGAAAUGAAGAUGAUUUAAUGGGAAAAAUUUCAGUACUACAAUCUAAUGAGAUAUUAUUGAAGGAUAAGCUAAAUGACUUAAAUUCGAAAUCGUCGAACAACUCGGAGCUGGUCGAUGUGGAGGGACUAAAAAAGGAUUGGGAAAAAGAAUACAGUCACAUAAUAGAAAAACGAAUUGAAUAUGCUGAAAUGCAGUUAGAAAAACGUUUAAAAUCUGAAAUGGAAAGGGAAAUGGAUGACAAAAUGAAGGUGGUAGAAAUGAAAGGAUUUGAAAGUGGAAAAGCUUCUUCUGAGAAAACAUUAAAUUUAUUGGAACAUAAAUUGUCAUUAUUAGAAAAGCAAAAUAAUGAAAAAUCAAACAAAAUAAAUACUUUAAUUGAAUCAGAAAACAAUAACAAGACUCAGAAAAUAAACCCUUUUACCUUUUCUUCAGUGGAACCAAAAAUCAGUAACUUAGUAUCUAAUGAUACUAUAAUAGAAUUCUCUAAAGCUCCAGCUGUAUCGAAUAAUGAAGGCAAAGAGACUAUCACAGAAUCCAAUUCACAAAUUGAAGGAGAAUCUUCACAUCAAAUUCCUACGAAAUCAGUUGAAGCUAUAGAUUCCCAGCUGAAACGUAAUACAGAUGAAGAAUCUAAUUCCAUUGACGUUAAAAAGCCUAAAUUAGAAUAG